CUGCUAGACCAGCCUUUAGCUGCACUCAGUUACAUUACCAGAUACAGGAGCUACUUCAGAUGGAGGCUUCAAAGGACCCCAUGUCAGAUCUGGAGAAUGGUAUUACCAGUAUUAUUCGAGUUUUCAAAAAAUACUCGGGUCACCGAUGCAAACUGAGGAAAGCAGAACUUAAAGCACUCAUCAACAAUGAGAUGAGUCAUUUCAUAGUGAAAAUCCAGGAGAACGAGACUCUGGACGAGCUUUUUGCCGAUAUCGACCAGAACGGAGACCUGGAGAUUGACUUUAAAGAGUUCAUUGCCCUCAUCGCUAUGGUUACCUCAGCGUGCCAUGAAAUCUUCAACUCAAAGUUCCACGAUAAAUAA